UAUAUGGCAAUAAUUAAACCGAAAUUCUGAAUUAUGGAAACCAAAAGCAUAUCACAGUUGCAGGAACUCGGCCCCAAUGCGAUCCACGUUCGGAGGAGAGUUCCUGCGGGAUGGUCUGAUGUACAUCCGGCUAGCGUAAUCUUCUAGUCAGAGAUCAAAAAAUACCUACUGCAGCUACUCGACCUCUCACAUUUGUCUUCAUACCUCCUCACAACCUGUGCCUGUGUCGCCAUGGAAAAGGUUCAGCAAAUGACCCGUUCUGCCAUAAGGAGAGCCUCUGCAAUUGAAGUGAACCCACAGGCUCGCCGAAACCUGCAGGAGCUCUUUGUCAAUUUCACUCUGAUUCUAAUAUGCCUCCUCCUUAUGUAUAUCAUCGUGCUGCUGAUGUAAAAUUCCCAGACAAUAUCUUCGAGCAAGAAGCUCAUCUUUCGUGGACUGCUGUGAAUCUGUGGAGCCUUGAUGUGCUCUUUUCUAUGCAUCACCCUCAGGAUACUCUCACUCACGAGGAACUAAGCUAUUAAAAAUGAGCAAAACUUUUUUUUCUCUCCCUUGGUUUAAACGUGUAACGAUUUUUAACUUAAAAUAUUCCUAGAACUUAAACCACUCAGCGUGGAGUGAAAGAAGUGUUUAAGGAAAGAAUGCAUGUUCUGUUAUUUCGCACAGUACUGUCCUGUCAUAAAUAUUUACAGUGAUAUUACAAGUAUUAUACAUUGUUUGUAUUACAUUUACUUUUGUUUCUUAACCACAGUGCAAUGUCCUCCUCCAAUGCCCUAAUUUGCUUCAGGUAUGCAGUGAUUCACAUAGUACAAAGCUUUAUAUGUAAGUGAUGUGGGUCAAUUGUCACCGUUAACCUUUCAUAUAUUUUAGCUAUGGAAAUAUCUUCAUUUUAAAACUUUAUGAAAAGUCAGGGAAGAUUUGUUUUUCUAAUAAAAAAUAAAUGAGGAUAGAUAUAUUACUUAAAUGACUAAACUUUGAGUUGUAAAUUGAUCGUAUCUGUUUUAUUUCACAUCAGAUGUUUCGAAAUGUUAACCGUGAAGGCUGAGUAAGAUAGAGAUGUGAAAAGUAGAGAAUAUUUACUCUUUGAGAAAAGAGAAACUUUGGUAACAUAUUUAGAGCGCACUAUGUCAUAUAACUGUUUGCUGUCACUGUAUCUGCAUGUUAUUUCUUUAUGCUGCAAUGCUGAUUUAUUCACUGUACUUUACUGCUUGAUCAAAGUGCACAUAUUUUCACGCUGUUAUACAAUGGUUUGCACAAACAAGUAUAUCAACAAUUACAGGUGUAUAAAGUUUGCAAGUAUAUAAAUAUCAUAAGCACAGAAUCGUUUCUAAUGCAUGUGUUUUGAAAUGCUAUUACAUAAAAAGCUGGAAUAAAAAUCCUAAACAACCA